UGUGUUGUUUCUUUUUCUUGAUUGUUUGUCAGCAUACCGGCGUGGUCGUAAGAACUUAGGAGAUUGAUAAUGGCGCGUGUUUGAAAAUAAAUUGUUCUCGAGUUAUUUAAACGGGACAAUGGCUGAAAAAAGUUUAUUCGUAACAUAUUUAUUGUGGUUAUUUGGAGGAUUCUUCGGUCUUCAUCAUUUGUAUUUGGGAAGAGAUUACCAAGCAUUAAUUUGGUGGAUGUUCGCAGGUGGUUAUUUUGGUUUAGGUUUAAUUCGAGAUUUAUGGCGAAUCCCGGAAUAUGUUAAAGAUGCCAAUGAAGAAAGUUCUUACAUGGAAGAAUUGGCCGAAAAAAUGCGGAAAAAUCCGAAACCAUCAGCUGGAACAGUACGAUAUUUUGGGCAGGUAACUGUCUCGGAUGCAUUUGGCUAUUUGGUAAUUGGCGCAAUACCAAAGGAACUGAUACCUGAAAUGUUUAUUCCCAUUAUAUCUGCUGUUACCGUACCUCUUGCCGUAGCCUGUGGUGUCUACCUCGUGGGAAAUAUUGGUCGACACGAGGGAGCAUUCAGCAGUGCCUUAAUUGGAGCUUAUCUUAGCUUGCCUGUGUAUUUCUUCUACGAUGCUCCCAUAUGCUUAACUUCUCUGGCAUCUUUAAGUUAUUUUAAUGCGAACUCUAAAAAGUGGCGUCGAACGCCCAGGCCACAUAAAUCAUUUGCGCGUAGAAUAGCAUUUCUAUCGUUCUGUGGCCUUAUCUAUUUGUCCCUUUGGGGCUCCUGGUUGUACUUCAAUUGCACAAUCGUCAAAGAAGGUCAAGAACCAGUGAAAUGCCGGGAUGCAGCGAAACAUUUCUUCAAGAGUCCCAUAUGGAAGGAAUUUGUAUUUGUAAUGAAAGAGAUCUGGAGAACUUUGCAAGAGAACGGAUGGAGAGAAGUCUGGAGAGCAGUCAUCGACGCCUUUGAUCCAGUUGGUGAAAGGAAUGCUAUGAAGGUUUUGGGUUUGGAUGGUUCACCCACCCAGCAAGAAAUCACUGCUCGUUAUAGAAAACUAUCUCGUGAAUGGCAUCCUGACAAACACAAAGAUCUUGAACAGAAGCAGAUUGCUCAAGAAAAAUUUAUUGAAAUUCAACAGGCGUAUGAGAUUUUGUCUAAAAUCAAAUCUGGACGAAUUGCCCAAAAUGUCAAAGACCAGGGUACAGAAGCAACUUAUAGUGAUCAGCACUUUUUUCAACGUGAAGAUCUGUGAUUUUAUAAAUAGUACUCAUUUUGAAUCUAUGAUACUCAUAAAAUGUUGACCUAAAAUGUAAUUUAUGAAAAAUAUUUAUUUAUGUUUGUUAUAUUCUUUAUUACUGUGGGCUGCUCGUGCAUCGUUUUUAUUCAGUCCAAAUUAGAAACGUAGAUGUUUUAUUAUUUUGAAAUUCAUACUGCUUAGAAAUUUGAAAAUUAAGUUCUGUUUAUGUAUCUUAAUUUUUCAAUUUAUGCAUUAAAAUGUAUAAUGUUGAUAAACUUGAUGCACUCUACUGUAUCCAUUUCGAGUUUUAACUCGAGAAAUUGAAAUAUUCUUUGUUUUAAAAUGAAAGUUUUUAUUUAAAGUGCUAUAAAAACAAUCAAUUAUUUCCUAUAUAGUACAGAAUGGCGCUCUACACCGUGCUUGAAAUCAUUUAGGGUGCACAACUGUUUAGUGCAAAACUAAUAGUUUCGGCUAACUUUUCUCUAAUAAUUUUUGCAAGGAAAUUUGGCAAAAUCUGGUAUCUUCUAAAUGAAAUAUAUGCUCAUUUCAAAUAUUAUUAAUAGAAUGUCAAUUAAAAUGCAGAUUCUUUGUGUUAUAGUAAAGUACUUACAACUUAAUUUCUCUCAAGUCAUAUUGUGCCAAACGCUAAAAUACUUUUAUGCUUAAACCUCAGUUGCAUCUAGAUGCUUGAUUCUCAUAAUUUACUCAUGUCUAGUUUUUUUUUUUAAAUCUAAUAUGGAAAUUUAACAAAAUAUUUGUAGUUAUAAAAUGAAUUUAUCAGUAGUCAGAAUUGCAUAGUCACAUUUUCAAUACUGAAAAUAUUUAUAGAGUUUGAGGGCAAUGAUCUUGAUUUUUUUUAAAUCACUUCUGCAUGCUAUACUUACUUAGUUACAUACAUGUAAUUAUAAUACUUGAUUUCAAAGUAUUUUAUUUUUUUAAACUUUUAUUUCCAUUCCAGUAUUUAAUAUUAGUCUUGCUUCACAAUUCUACUUACUGUAGUUGAAAAAAAAAUUGACUUACUCAUUCGUAUCUUUGAAUACGUUUUAUUGUAAUCCACACAUGUUGUUCUAAUUAUGUGCCUUUUUUAAUUCACAAUCAAAUGAAUAUAAAAUAUUUUUUCUUCGCAUUUUAACUUAUUUACCUGGUUGCAA